UUCAGCAGGAUGGCCGCCAGCACCAACAUGUUUUCUUACAAGGAGACCAACAACUGGUUCAAGGCGUGCUUAGCGCUCAAAAUAACGAAGGAUGGACUUGCUAACUUUCUGAAAACAGAAUUACAGACGGCCCACACAGCUGUUGGUAUAAGUUGUGGUAAUUGCUCCACUGAAAAACUCAUACCAUGCCCAACGCUCCCAUACUGUAACAAGCGGAAACGGCAUUAUUGCCCUUUCCACAAAUCACAGAAACCACAGCAAUGCUUUAGAUGUGAUCAGGUAAAACAAAAUAUCACGUUACAUCACAGAUACAAUACCCCGUCAUGGCGGAACACUGAUGCGAAAAAAUGGACAAGCGACUUUUGGGAAAUCGGCAAGUGCUUCCUCCCUCCAGACGGAUAUAGCAGCGUUUUAUCGGUUCAUGAAUCGGACUUCAAUGGCAUUAUAAGCAUCAUGUUGAAUUGCACACAUUUCCAGAACUGUCUCUCCUCAUCAUGUCUAUCACCUCCACCGCCUGAUAGGCGAUCUCCACUAGAAAUGGUCCGCCAGAUAGGCCGAGAUGUACGUCACACUUCGAACUGCAUGGUUACAGAUGCUGAUCUGCAGGACUACUUCCAGAAACUGUCCACACUACUAGCUGAUCCAAUGUGCUUACAACAUGACCACUCUUCAACCAUAGCACGCACAAGACUUAGUGAUUUGCAGAAUGAUCGCAUGUCGCUUAAAGAACUGGGCGAGCUAUUGAAAGAGGCCUAUCAAACACUUGCACAUGCGAAAGAAGAAGGCGAACAUUUUUCUAAGGAGGCAGAAACAACCUUAGCAGAGGCCGUCCAGACGUUGGAAACUUCUUUGAUGGCUGGGGAACAACGUCUUAAAAGUACGACACAAAUUGGGGAACAACGCCUGAAAAGCAAGACUCGGUUGGGGGAACAACGCCUUAAAAGUAAGACACAUGUAGCGGAACAGCGCCUUAAAAGAAUGACAAAGGUUGGCGAAAAACGCAUUGAAAGCAAGAUACAGGAUGUGACACAACGCAUCGAAUGUAAUGUAAAGGAUGGCAUCGUGCGCAUGCAAAAGGAAGCAAUAAAUACUGCAUCGGAAGAAUACGAACGCGGCGUAUCAGAUCUUCGCCAACGUUUGAUAAAACAUUACGAUGACACAACUUGCAAUGUGCCUCUUUCAACAUUCGAUCAUAGUCUUGAUAAGCGAAUAACAGACAUAUACGCCACGCCCAAAAUACACCGAAUCAAAAUAGAAAUAGAUGGGACGCGUGUGAAAAAAGACGAGCGAAUACUUACCUACACAGAACUAUUUUACACGGACAAUAAAUCAAAUCAACGUAUAUACAUUCAGGGCGAACCCGGCAGAGGGAAAUCUACGUUUGCAGUUAAAUUAGUUCAUGAUUGGUGCAACGAAAAUCAGCCUCCAUCGACAGGUUCAAUAAAAAAUCCAGCGUUUGAAGAUAAGUUAACCAUUCAGAAAUUCAAGUUGUUAUUUUUCAUCACGUUAAGAGACGCAAGGGAUCAGACAGAUGUAACUCAGAUGAUAAAGAAGCAGCUAAUUGACAAAAUGUUUUCAGAAGACGAACGAGCUGAUAUGUACAACCUUUUCGUACAAAUAAUGAAAACUGAAAUUUGUCUCGUAGUGCGAGAAGGUCUGGAUGAAUGGACGUCUCCUAGUGGAAAUGACGUAGCUGAUCCUUCCUUAGCUGGAUUUCCUAAAGAUACGUGCACGGUACUCACAACAUCUCGACCUUGGAAACUUGCUGAUGAACGUAUCAAGAACUCGCAAAUCGACAUUCUGUUAGAGAUUGAGGGGAUAAGCGACUCAUAUUCAUUUACUAAAAAUAUACUUCAAUGCAUAAUUGACCAGAAAAAGGAUCUAGAAAACGCUGUGAAGAAAUUUGAGGUAUUCCUAAAGCAUCGCAAUCUUAAAUCAUUAUCAUCUUCACCAAUGCUGUACGCUAUGGUCAUCUGUAUCUGGGUAAACACGAUUGAGGAGGAGGAACAUUUUAAAGGAUCGUCAUUGUGUGUACUCUACACUACUCUGCUUGAAAGUCUUUGUAAAAAGGCAAACAGUGCAACUGGUUAUUUUAACGAUUCAAACCCGCCACCAGUGAACUGUUUUUCUGGCACAAGUUACCUACAGCCGAAUAUUGAUCACUUAGAUAAGUUAGCUGAAGUAGCUUGUAAAUUGCUCUUCUCUUCUGAACGACAAUCAUCUAUAGUUUUUGAUGACAUAAUUCUUUCCAACUUUUUUUCUCAUGAAGAGUUUCCAGUUUGCAAGAUGUUUGCUCUCAAGACAGGAAUAUUAACAAACAGGAAAGAUAAAAAUCGGACAGGAAGCUCCUACUCGUUCAUACACAAAGCUUUGCAGGAACUUCUCGCAGCAUAUCAUAUCGCCUGCAACCCACAUGUCAUUAAUGACGUCAUUUCGAGAUAUCUUAAAUGCGAAUAUACUUCAUAUCUUGAAAUAUCGCAGGUACUUAUAUUUUUGUGUGGAAUGAAUAUGUUCGCUGCGAAUGAACUGUCAGCUUUAAUGAAUCAAUUUGACGUUGCUCAUCAUCAUCUUCCAUCGCCGUCUUUUCCGUGUGCGUUUCAACGCAUCAUUGAGUCCGGAAUAAGAGAGGCAGAAGCCAACAAUCAGUAUGACAUACGCCUGCAACUCAGUCACUUUUACAUUAAUGAGAUCAACUAUAGAGAUUUAAAUUUGAUAUGGUCUACAAACACUUCCAAUGUUUUGUCAUUGUCAGUAAAGACCUCCUCAAGAAUGUUCAAUUUUAUGCUACGUGAACGCGAUAAGCCUUCAUCUCAUUUUGAGUUUAACGUGUCAUCGUGCCACAAGUUGAAAUCGUUACAACUAUUGGGAGACGCCAUAUGGCUUAAAGAGGCAGGCAAUUCGGCAACAUCAACACAUCUGGUCUGGAUUGUUCUAAGCGGUGCAGAUUCAACCCAGUGUGCAGAACCGCCUGCAGUACUUCCCUCCAUAGAGCACAUAAUAUUGCUGAAAGUCACAUGUUCCUCUACCUGGCUACGCAGUCUGUUAAGCACGCUGCUGACGCUCGAUCAUGGUGUGAAGUGUGAGCUGAGAAGAUGUGAUAUUACAUCGUGUGCUGCCGGCGAAGUCAGCGAGUCAUCUACACAUAUAGACGCAUCAAUACGGACGAGUAAAAAGAGCUUACACAUGUACAUGAGUAAGAAGGAUUACCCCGGUCUGUACAGUGCAUUCAGUGGUCUGUAUAAUAAUAAUGAGGGACAUUGGUAUUGUCUAGUGAAGACUGCAGAGUCAGGUGAGCAGUCAUCGCUCAUAGAACAGGUGGACUCGACUUAUAUUGACGUGUAUAACAAGCCGCUUGUGUUUAAUGGUCUUCAUGGUAUAUAUUUUAAGAGUUGGAUGGAACGUUCAGACGUUGAGUAUAUGGAGGUGGUUUGGCGGUCCGUAUUAUCUCCCGAAUCACGCACACAGCUGGAAUCUCCUAGUAUUAAAGUGUAUGACAGUCCAGGUUUGUGGGAGGCCCUAAAUGGUCUGAAUAUAAAGAGCCUGACUCUGAGUUGUUGGGAGGAACAUUUGGAAGUGAAUAAUGGAGAGUCUUUGUCACAUUCAAUAUCAUCGCUGAAAUGGCUGGAGACGCUUAGUAUAGAAGUGUAUGGUAGUCGAGGUUUGUGGGAGGCUUUCCAUGGCCUGAAUAUUAAGAGUUUGAGUCUUGGUUGUUGGGAGGAAUGUUUGGACGUGAAACAUGUAGAGUCUUUGUCGCAGUGUCUUUCAUCGCUCAAACAGCUGGAAACGCUAACCAUAUAUGUUCGUACAUAUAUCAACCUUCAACUACCUCAAUCAUUACAGUAUUUAAAUGUCUACUGCUGCACAUUGCAUCCUCCCGAAUUACACAAACUUGUGAACAUACUAUGUACAUGUAUUCAAAAAGUGGAGACAAAGCUUGAAUUCGGAUGUGCUACAUACGAGGAUAACCUUUUAGAACGAAUCGACCUGGAAGAAUACAUUGCCAUUGAACAGGAACUUGAGAAGCUGAAGAAUGUUACACUAAAACAAUUCCGAAUAUUUGAUCAGAUAAGUUCAAACAUGAGGGCUGAUGGUUCCCAUUCUGACUGGUUUGCACGUGGGGUUGUUGGUGUCGAUGACGAUCACCAGGAUGUUGAAAACGUUAACAAGUAUGCGUAUGGACUAUUCAUUAAAUAUAUAAAUGAUGACACUAUACAUCGAAUUUCAAUGCGAUUUCAGAUGAUUCCACCUUCAAUCUAAUGAAUCUAUAAAUGCGACUGUGACACAUAACUAUUAUAUAAAGAAAGAAUAAAUAAUAUCUAAAGCACA